CCCAUUGAGACUUUUGUUGACCUAAUUCCUUCAAAAUCUCACCUUUACAUUGCUUGAUUUUAGUCGUCUGAAAAAUCUCCCCACUUUUGCUAUGGCUCUGAGGUGUUUUCCCAUUUGGGUUUGUCCUCAAACGACUCAUCAUCGUUCUCCUCUUGUGGGUCUCGCUGAAUUCGACGCUAAUAAACGCCGUCGUUUCUGUCUCUGGGAGUGCUCUUCUUCAGCUUCUCAGAGAGCUGUCACUGCCAUUGAAGGCGAGAUUCCUUAUAGCCGUGAGCUCAAAAAGUCCUCUGAUAAAUUGGGUCUGACUCAGGAGACUCAAUCUGUUUCUUUUCACAGAGACUUAAGUAUGCUUCCUAAACCGCUAACUGCAAACAGUCUUUACUCUUCUGCUGGCGAUGAUUCAAAAGUCCGAAUUUCGUUUCAGGGCAUACCAGGUGCAUAUAGUGAAACAGCAGCACUAAAAGCAUUUCCAAAUUGUGAAACUGUUCCAUGUGAACAGUUCGAAGCUGCGUUUCAGGCUGUUGAGCUCUGGUUGGUGGACAAAGCAGUAUUACCGAUCGAGAAUUCAGUAGGUGGUAGUAUCCACCGUAAUUAUGAUUUGCUUCUUCGUCAUAGGCUUCACAUUGUCCAAGAAGUCCAUUUGCCUGUAAAUCAUUGUCUCUUAGGAGUGCCUGGUGUUAAAAAGGAAGAUAUUAAAUGUGUUCUAAGCCAUCCUCAGGCGCUUGAUCAAUGUGUGAAUUCACUUAACAAUUUAGGCAUACAGAGAAUUUCUGCAAAAGACACUGCCACUGCUGCUCAGACUGUUUCUUCAAGCGGUAAGAUCGACGUAGGAGCAAUCGCGAGUGUACGGGCUGCAAAUAUAUAUGGUCUGGAUAUUCUUGCCGAGAACAUACAAGAUGAUGCUAACAAUGUGACUCGCUUUCUGAUACUUGCCAGAGAGCCUAUGAUUCCAAGAACAGAUCGACCAUAUAAGACAAGUAUCGUGUUCUCGCUAGAAGAAGGUCCUGGUGUGCUGUUCAAGGCCUUGGCUGUUUUUGCUUUACGAAGCAUUAACUUAUCUAAGAUAGAAAGUCGUCCGCAGAGAAGAAGACCGUUAAGAGUAGUUGAUGGUUCUAACAAUGGAAGCGCUAAGUACUUUGAUUACUUAUUCUACAUUGAUUUUGAGGCUUCCAUGGCUGAUACACGUGCUCAGCAUGCUCUUGGCCAUCUACAGGAAUUCGCAAGUUUCAUCCGUAUCCUCGGGUGUUAUCCAAUGGAUCUAGUCAGAUAACCAAGCAAAUCUCCUAUUGAUUUCAUGUUACCAUACCGUGCAGAACCAUGUGAAUAUACCCAAACAGAAGAACAGGGUUUGUGGCUUUGGUAUACCGCUAGAAUCUUCUUUCACCAUUUUCUCAUCUUAGAAGUUUAGCUUCAAACUCUUCAUUGCUGAGACAGAUACAGUUGAUCUAGCUUUUGUUAAGAACAUGUUUUGUACAUUAAACAGGUUUUCUCAGU